UUGAUUGCUAUAUAAUCAUGAAAAUUUCGGUGCUGCAAAUUUUGGCACUUUUUUUCCUGGAUGUUGGUGUCCUCCAUUGCCAUGGUUGGGCUCGUCAUACUUUCGUGGUGCAAGAGACUCCAUACACAAAACUUUGCAGCACGAAAACCAUCUUGACGGUCAACGGACAAAUUCCUGGACCAACUCUUCAUGUUACCAAAGGAGAUACUAUCGUUGUUGAAGUUCAAAACAAAGCCAAUUAUAACGUCACCAUUCACUGGCAUGGAGUGAGGCAACCAAGAUAUCCAUGGUCGGAUGGUCCAGAAUAUAUUACACAAUGUCCAAUACGACCCGGGCAAAAGUUUAGACAGAAAAUAAAAUUUUCCACCGAGGAAGGAACUCUGUGGUGGCAUGCACACAGUGACUGGACACGUGCGACUGUUUAUGGCGCUAUAGUCAUCCAUCCCAAGAAGGGAACCAGUUAUCCUUUUCCCAAGCCUCAUGCAGAAGUGCCCAUCAUAUUGGGAGAGUGGUGGAAGGAAGGUAUAACGGAGUUAUAUGAUGAAUUUCUCGCAAGCGGGGGAGACCCCAAUGUUUCCGAUGCAUAUACCAUCAACGGUCAACCUGGAGAUUUAUGUCCAUGCUCAAAAUCGGAAACUUUCAAAUUCAUGGUGGACCAUGGAAAGACGUAUCUACUCCGCAUAAUCAACUCUGCUCUUCAGGAUAUUCUCUUCUUUGGCAUCGCAAAACAUAAACUGACGGUCGUGGGAACAGACGCCAGCUACACCAAGCCACUGAAGACAGACUACAUUGCAAUAUCACCUGGUCAAACGUUUGAUGUCCUGUUAGAAGCAAACCAGCCGCUAGCCGACUAUUAUAUGGCUGCUAAAGUCUAUUCCAGCGCACUAGGUGUGGAAUACGACAAUACCACCACCACUGCGGUUUUGCACUACAACGGAUACGACAGUCGUCGUAAUUCAUCUUCAACACCUUUCUUGCCUGAUCUUCCUUCCUUCAACGACACAAAUGCAUCUGCUAACUUCACGGGCAGCCUUAGAAGUUUAGCCGAUGAUGAUCAUCCGAUUCACGUGCCUUUAAACAUAAGCACGCCGCUAAUGUUUACCGCUUCUGUAAACACAUUUCCAUGCGCACAUAACUCAUGUGCGGGCCCUGAUGGAUCGCGGCUCUCUGCAAGCUUGAACAACAUAAGCUUUCAGUUGCCAUCCACCGACAUAUUAAGCGCAUAUUAUUAUCAAAUCAAUGGCGUCUAUGGGGACAAAUUUCCGAACGUGCCGCCUUUGAAGUUUAAUUUUACAGCAGACGUUCUCCCACAGUAUCUACUGACGCCAAAAAAAGGGACGGAAGUGAAAGUACUUAAAUAUAACGCAACGGUGGAGAUUGUUUUGCAAGGAACAAACUUGGCUGCAGGGACAGAUCAUCCCAUGCACAUACAUGGGUAUAGUUUCUACGUGGUUGGUUGGGGAUUUGGGAAUUUUGACAAAGACAAGGAUCCUUUGGGAUAUAAUCUUGUUGACCCUCCUCUUCAGAAUACUAUUGCUAUCCCUAAGAACGGCUGGGCUACCAUAAGAUUCAAAGCAAACAACCCAGGGGUGUGGUUCAUGCACUGCCACUUAGAACGUCACCUGAGUUGGGGUAUGGAUACGACAUUCAUUGUCAAGAAUGGGGAUCACUCAGACGCAAAAAUGUUGCCCCCACCACCAGACAUGCCGCCAUGUUCAUGAAUAAGAAGCAAAAUUGUCCACUAAUUGGUUUAUACGUGCAAUUUAUUAGCCUGUAUCUUUCUCUCUUCUUUUCUGGGUGAGGGGUGCAGAGAGAGAGGUAGGUUUGUGUGUUUGAAGCGUGACCAUAUUGUGUGUGUGUUUUUUUUUUUUUUAAAUAAGCGUGACCAUACGUACAGUUGAAUAAAUGAAUUCACAAGUUGUAGUCUUGGUGU